AUGUUCAAGUACAUGUACCGGCGCAUCGCCGUGGCGCCCACAGAGUCCGUCGAUGACUACCUCGGCGUCGUCGUGCCUCUCGAGGAGGCCCAUCUUCACAGCCACUCGGCGCGCACCGGCCGCACCGAGUUUGAGGACCCGCCAUCUCCCGGCGACGACGCUGGCGACGACGCUGGCCAUGCGCCAAAGGACAGGGAGGAGAGCGAGGGCAUGCUCGAGAUGAGCGCGGCCGAGUACAGCAUCGAGGGUCUCCGGAGAGAAGUGAGGGCUGGCAAGGGCGACUCGACGGAUUACGAGAUGAGGUCAAAAUUGAUCAACAAGGCCAUUCAGGAUAUCGGCAUGGGAAAAUACAACUGGCAGUUGUUCAUUCUUUGCGGCUUUGGCUGGUUUGCCGAUAAGUACGUUGUCUCAAGCCCCAUGGAGAGAAUCAUCGUGGACAUUGUUGCUAACACUCUUUCGUCCACGGUGCGGUACACGACAAGCUCCGUCUUUAUCGGCCUGUGUUUUGGCAGUUUCAUCUGGGGCAUUGGCUCUGACAUCUUGGGACGCCGCAUCGCCUUCAACUGUACCCUGCUCAUCACUAGCGUCUUUGGCAUCCUCGUCUCCUUUGCCCCCUCCUGGGGCUGGACCUGCUUUCUCUUUGCCGCCCUUGGCUUCGGCGUCGGCGGCAAUCUCCCUGUCGACGGUGCCCUCUUUCUCGAGUUUCUUCCCGACGCAUCGAGCGCGCUGUUGACUCUGCUCUCUGUGUGGUGGCCUGUCGGCCAGCUCGUCUCCUCGCUCAUCGCCUGGUACUGCAUCGCCAACUGGCCCGCCGAUCAAGGCUGGCGCCUGUUUGUUUUCAUUAUUGGCGUCAUGACUCUGGUCAUGUUUGGUAUCCGCUGCUUCUUGUUCCACCUCUUUGAGUCGCCCAAAUUCCUCCUGUCCAAGGGCCGCCAAGCCGAGGCCAUUGCCGUCGUCCAUGGUAUCGCUUAUAGGAACGGUGCAAAGACGUGGUUGACCGAAGAGAUUAUGAAUGCCGUCGUCGACGACGUCGCCCACCCCGAACUCCACGAGGUCCGACCCGUUGGAGUCAGCGUACUGAAGGACAAGUUCAGCAAGUUCUCCGGCGACCGUAUCCGGCCCCUCUUCCAGAACAGGACGCUCGGCAUGGCGACAAUGCUCAUCUGGUUCUGCUGGGCCACCAUUGGCCUCGGCUACCCGCUCUUCAACGCCUUCCUCCCCCAGUACCUGUCCGAGCACGGCGAGGACCCCUCGACCGGCGCCGGCGCCGGCGCCAGGGCCGAGGCGCCCGCAGAGGAGGGCACAACCAUCUCGGCCGAGACAUACCGCAACUACGCCAUCACCUCAAUCAUGGGCAUCCCCGGCGCCCUCCUCGCCGCGUACCUUGUCGACCACCAGUCUCCCUGGCUCGGCCGCCGCGGCACCCUCGCCAUAUCGACCUUUGUGUCAGCCGUCUUCCUCUUCCUCUUUGUCGAGUUUGGCACGACGCCCAACUCGAAGCUCUUCUUCUCCUGCGUCGAGGCCUUUGCCCAGAACAUCAUGUACGGCGUCCUUUACGCCUUCACCCCGGAGAUCUUCCCGGCCCCCGUCCGCGGCGCCGGCACCGGCGUGGCGAGCUUCCUCAACCGCGUCACGGGCCUCAUGGCGCCCAUCAUUGCCGCCAAUAUUCCCGGCGACGGCACGACGGCGCCCAUCACCAUGUCGGGCGUGCUGAUCCUGCUGGCCUUUGUCGGCAUGUGUCUGAUUCCUAUCGAGACGCGCGGCCGGCAGAGGCUCAAGUGGGGAAUGGAAUACUUGUAG